UGCUUCACACAUAUGGCAGAAACAGGAAAUGUGUUUGCAAAGCUGUUGCUAUCUGCACGAAUUCUACUUGGUGUAGUACAAAAAGGGAUGUCACAGAGAAAUCAGGGUUUAUUGUCCUUUUGCUCUCUUUGCUGUUUUUCUUGUCUCCUUUGUGAAUUUUUGAUCGUCUGCUGCACAUAGCCAUGUCAAUUUUCUAUGCCUUUGAAGAUUAUUUCUUUUGGAACAAUGAUUCCUAUAAUUACAACGAAUCCAGUGGAUCAUUCUCUCCAGAUCCAGAUACCUUAAUGUGUGAAUAUGAACCUCUGGAACCUACAGCAGUUGUGAUCCUGUAUGUCAUCUUCACAGUCAUCUCUGUAUUGGCCAUACUCGGAAACCUGCUGGUAGGAUGGGUGAUCAGAACCAGCCAAGAAAUUUUGGCUCCAUCAGAUGUGUACCUGUUCCACCUGACCAUAGCAGAUGGACUGCUGGCUUUAACGCUUCAAUUCUGUGUUGCAGCACUAACUCGAGGAUGGCUCUUAGGAGACUUCCUUUGGAAACUCCUCCACAUCGUCAUGGACGCAAACUUCUACACCAGCAUCAUCUUCCUCACCUGUAUUAGCAUCGAUCGUUACCUUGUGAUUGUGCACGCCAGGGAGACACUCAAGAGUCACCAAAAGAAUUGCAGCAGGAUCCUUUGCACAGUGGUGUGGGUUUUCGGUUGUGCCCUUGCUGUGCCUGCUCUUUUCAUUCACUUUGAUAGCUUUGACAUCGGCAUCUCUACAGCAUGGAGGCUCACGAUUCAGGGGUUCAUUCAUGUUUUUGGCUUUUUGGUCCCUGCGAUUGUCAUGAUCUCCUGCUACAGCAUCACUGUUUCACGGCUGCUGCUCACUCGUGGUUUCCAGAAGCACCGAGCCAUGCGGGUGAUCAUAACCAUCGUGAUUGUGUUUCUGCUCCUCUGGACACCAUACCAGAUAACCAUGGUGAUAGACAUACUGCUGUGGGCUGAUGUGGUGCAGUAUGACUGUGAUAUGAGGAGGUCGUUAAAUACAGCCUUGGUUGCAACCCACUGCCUGGCUCUGCUGCACAGCUGCAUCAACCCUUUCCUCUAUGCCGUUGCAGAAGAGAAACUCAGGAAGAAGAUGAAACUGCUUCUUUAGAGAAAAGACAGAUGGGAAAUUAUGUGACGCUCAAAAUUCAGGAGGUCAACAUGUCAGUAGAUUAAUCUCAAGGUCAUAGUGAUAAUAAUGCUAUUUAAACUAUGUUUCUUACUGCCAUUUUUUGUAAUGAUAACAAAUAACAAAUAUUGAGAAGUAUUAUACGGGGUCUCUAAAUAUGUCACACUUGACCUCUGACCCCACUUUUACAUUUCACAUCUGCCUUUCUUUCAAGUUGACCCCAAAAUCUGUUAUUUUUACUACACUUUAAAUUUUAGAGUAUGUGGUAGAAGAAGAAAGACAACAAAAUGGACAUACACAAAAUACAAUACUAUUUCUCUAAAAGUAAAUGUUGCUCAGGGAGUGAGCUGCCUUGGCUAAAGUUUGGGUUUCCUGAGUGCUUCUUGCUUAUUACUGUCAUCAUCACUAGUUGUAGUUGUACAAACUAUCCAGCAGAUGGCAAUGAAGAACAAGACGUUGUAUAGACAAAUAUGUGACGUUAGAAAAAUGAGAAUUUGAAGGUACUCCCUCGUUUUUAUCUUGCAGAAUUUUCAGAAACAAAUAAGUCAUUAGUGAGGAUCUGUUUCUGUCAGCGGCCCAAGGUGAGCAGCAACUUCCCGAUCAACUUUGUUACUAGCCACUGGCUGUGUUGAACCCGGCAGAGUCCCAAAUGAUCAUUAUUUAAACUUAAAGACUUAGACACAUGACCUAAAAUGUGUUUUCAGGCAGAGGAUGAACAGAGGUACUGCAUAAAGGGCCACUGUAUGAUAAAUCAUCACACCAAGUCAAUUUACUUGAAAUGCAGAGCUGAUAAUGAACACAGCAAAGUGUACUUAAAUAAUUAAAUAAUUUUGAAUUUGUGAGUUUAAUUCUUCAUUGACAUCAGUUUUGUUUUGUUUGUCUGAUUCAGUGCACACUGUUAGAAAAUACUUGUAGCAGGCUCUGCAGGCAUUUGUUGUAAAUUUUAAAGUGACCUUGAUAAAAUGUUAUGUUAAAAUGUAUUAAUCAUUUUUGAUGUGAGGUUUUUCUGUUUUGUUUUUGGUAUAUUAAUUAAAAGUUCACGCUUGAACAUGUUGUAGAGCAAGUUAUUACAUAUUAAAUCUAAAACUGUAUCCAGAUGUAGAAAAUGGUGUCAGUAGAGAAAGUAGUUCUAGGAAGUAAGUGCAUCGCUUUUGUUUAUACGCCAUGUAUGGGCUGAGAAGUGAAGCAGACAUGAAAUGUGGGUGUUAAAUCAUCAAUGUUUCUUUGAUUUUCUUUGUUGUUUUCAUUUUGAGUAAUCCAGAUCAGUCUUUAUUCAUUAUAUUUUGUCAUUUUGAUUUUGCAACGUUUUGUUUGUGUAUAACUUCUGUCUUUGUGUGUAAUAAAAAUGAAGUACUGUAGGUCCUUUUGGCCUAUUGAAAGAA